AUGGCCAAGUUACCAGCCAACAUUAUUGCAAAGAGGGGCUUUGUCCAGACACAUGGUCAGCUGUACGCUGUCAGGGUCAUUCUUGGCCUCUUUGAAGGGGGUCUUAAUCCCGUCUGUGCAUUCAUCGUCACCUCUUGGUACCGAACAUUUGAGAGGCUUGGAAUUUGUGAGUACGAUGCCAAGUUCACCGGCGUACCAACUCCGAUACUUGAUUGCGGUGCUGCUCGGUCAAACUUUGCCGAGGCUGCUUCGUCUAUGCCACAGGAUGAUGAUCGCUUGAUACCUCCCAGCAUGGCAAUGUUCACGACUGAUGAUCUCUCAAAUGAGCUGGAUACUUAUACGGCAUCGGUUGCUGACAAGACUGAUACUUUCUUGUCUCUACUAACAUCAAGUAUAGACGAGGAGUCCUCAACUUCGUUGCAGCAUUUGGACCAGGGCUUAAUUCAAAUAGGACUCAGCACAUCAUUCCUUCCGUUCGAGUCUUCGCUAUGUCUGUACCAGCCAGCAGCUCUUAUAGCGUUGGAACCCAACGAUGCCGAUGGGCUCAUACGCUGUCACGCAGAGAUGCCUGGUGGUAUGCUUGCCGAAGGUUGUCUCCGCCUCAUCACGACAUUCAUUACCUCGUACCCUCGCAUGAUGACCACGGUGGACACCCUGCCCCCGUUCGUCCACCCUCUCGGGUGCGGACUGCACUUCGACGGCCGCCAGGAGGGCGACAUCAUCGAGUCGAUGGCCUUUGCGCCCCUGGAGCCACUGGCAGCCUCCAUCGGAAUCGCACAAGUGUUCUCCUCGCGGACAGAGAACACGGAUCCGUUUCUGUGGCGCUCAAUGGAGAGCGAGCACCACCGACAUAUAGCUAAGAUGGAACAGUUCUCUACGGGCGAAGGGCUGGCGACCUUGCAAGCCAUGCUGGUAUAUAUCAUCAUUCAGCUUACCACUCGGGGCCGCAGCUCGUUCGCCGGUGACCAGUGCAAGUACAGAACCAUGAAUAAACUGUUACGCAGAUGCAUCGAAGCCUCACCCGGGACUUGUCAGCCCGUGCAGCUACAGCCGACACGACCAACCUGGGAACAGUGGAUCUUUGAAAGGACUCGUCGGAGGGUUCUCGUAGCCUGCUGGCUCGUCGCCAUCGCCAUCAACCCUGGCGGCGCCAACCCGGUCAACCGGCCGCACAACAUCCCGCUGCCCAGCAGCCGCAGCCUCUGGGAAGCGAGGAGCAGGGGAGAAUGGGAGCGCGCGUACAGCACAGAGCAGGCGGGCCGCGGGGAGAGAGAUGUGUCGACGAUCGGGGAGCUGACGGCUGCGCUGCACGGCGGCAAGGGUGCCAGCACGGGCUUGAGCGGAGCGUCGUAUCACUUGUCUCAGAGUGCAGGACUAGAUAGAUGGCAGGCUGGUCUGGACAGUCUUGGGACGAUGCUGACUGCCGUGCUAGCGGCGUGA